AAGCAGCUGUGUGCACGCUACACAAAAUUCUUGUGCUAUUCGGUGCCUGGUGAGCACUCGCAACGGUGUCCUUGGGUUUAUCACACACACAUACAUGUAGCUGUGGGAGUUAACAGGAUAUGAUGCGGAACUGCGUUUUCCAGAGUUCACCCGUGUCCCUCAGCACGGUCCUUGGUGCCUUCGUGUUUCUAGCUACCACAGGAGUUCUCGGGCUUACCAAGGAAACCAAAGAUCAUGACCUAGAAUUCAUAGCACAGUUGAUAGCUAAACGCAAUGCGGACAGCCUUUACCUGGAGAAACUCGAGGGUGAACCCAACAGGAUCAGGCGGGCUCCCAGAAGCGUGGACGACGACGGUUUUCCUUCGUACUUUGAUUCCAGAUACGACGUACAGUUUCCGUCGAAGUUCUACCUAGAAAGACGGGCCAAGCGCUCUGCACAAUCCACCCGCCGGCGCAACUACGUAUCAAAAAGGGCAAAGGUUAACCAGAUUAAGGGCUCACUCCGAGAAAAGAUGGGGGCUAAGCGAGCAAAACAUUCGCCAGAAAACAAUUCAGAGAGGGAACUUACUAGACUUAAGAGAAUUGAGAUUGUUGACCAUAAACUGGCGAAACAAGAAAACGAUCUGUAUAAUAGCCCAAACAGCAAAGCUGAGGAAGAUUUGAUGAGAAUAAAGCGCACACGACGCGACUCAGAAGUCGAUCGAAAGGUCAGAUCUGUAGAAGCGCCUUUAAAGGAAGAUGAUUUGAUUCGAGUCAAACGCAAGGGAGCAUUUGAUGAAGACAGCGAAGCCAAAGACCUUCUCAGAGUUAAACGCACUGAGGUUAACUAGAAAAACAGGGUGCAAGCCUGGACUCAGGACUUGGUGAGACUCCAGCGGAAAAAAGGCACUCGUCUGAUUGAGAAAUUAAUAAAUUAUUUUUAGAAAAGAAGCGGAAAUUGUUCCAGAAAAGAACCACCAUAUCUGUUAAUUCAUGGUCAAUGAUCGAGGCCCGGGAAAAACAUGCUGUACUCGUAUGUUCCAGUUCUUUGUUUUUUCUUCGUUUUAUCAAUAGUAUUUGGCUUUGAGAUAAAAAAACGUUUAUCUCCAAAUCAAGUCAUGUUGCUCUACUUGCCGUACACGAUUUGAACGCACUCUCACUCACUCACGCACUACCACACGCCCACAGACAUGCUUUCAUUAAAGAAAAAAGCAUAAUAUCAUUUAUCUUAAAAAUAUCCUAAAAUGUGGCCUAUGACCAACAGACUGUGAUGAUAUAAGAUGUGUAUGUUUAAAAGCUGCGUAUCAGGGGAUUAUUUCAGGACUUUCUUCAAAGGAUGGUAUUGGAAAACAAAAUCACUGGUUAAAGAGACGCUUUUGUGGUAAAAAAAUACUAUGAAGGAUACUUACAUCAUCAUAU